AUGCCGAUUUCCAACAAGCAAUCCUCCCUCAACUCAGGUGACCAAGCAGGCCCUAGUUGGGCAAAUACAGAAGGCCAAGCUACGGCAGCUGGCCACGGCCAACACCCUCGGGACAAUGCGGACAACAGUAAUGUUACAAUGCCAGCAUCCAAGAUUGGCCCUCCAGACGAGGAUCUAAGGGGUGAGAAACCCGACAUUCCUGCCGGUGAAAGAGAGGUCAUGGAGGCACAGUUGGACAAGAGAGGGGCUGGAUGGGGUGAGCAGGAGAGUUUGACAAGCGGUUUGGAUAGAAAGAAGGCGGAGCAGCAAGGUGCCAGGGAGGCGAUCCAGGCACAACGAAGCGGAGGGGUAGAUAUCGACGAAGGCGCUGGUAAUAGGGUUGAAAACGAGGGCUUGGAGCAAGUAUGA